AUGCCCCCAAAAGGACGAAAGCCAUCCUCGGCAGCUACCGCAGGUACCGGAAGCUCAAAAGCGACAUCCGCAAAGACAACCUCCACCACAACCUCAGGCGCCUCUCCAAAGGUAACUAAGAGCUCCAGAACAUUAGGGUCAAAGGCAUUGGCAUCGGCAUCGGUGUCGAAAUCUAAGGGAAGUAAGCGACCACCGACGGCACCAUCAGACGAUCAAUCCAGCAUCCAACCCGGCGACCCAACCCCCAAAGGCCGUCGUCACCGGUACAAACCUGGUACCGUUGCCCUCAAAGAAAUCCGCAAGUACCAACGCUCCUACGAUCUGCUUCUCCGAAAAUUGCCAUUUGCACGUCUCGUCCGCGAAGUUGCUCUCGACAUCCUCCCCGCAGACGUUGGCUCCGAGCUGCGAUGGCAGUCGCAUGCAAUCCAGGCGCUCCAGGAAGCCGCUGAAGCCUUUUUGGUACACUUGUUCGAGGACACGAAUCUUUGCGCCAUCCACGCGAAACGAGUUACGAUAAUGCAGAAGGAUAUCCAGCUUGCGCGUAGGAUUCGCGGAGCUUGGGGUGGUCUUGGCUGA